GGUGUGUCAUGCGGGCCGACGAGUUUGUCGCAGAAACCACACAGCGGCCCUCUCGCUCUUCUUCUCCUCUGCUGCUCAGCUUUUAGUUCUAAAAAGGAUAUUAAUAAAAGCAAAAUGCCUGCCGCCAGAAUCAUGCCCGACAGCCUGAACGUUCCUAAAAAUGUAACUGAGAGAAGGCGGAGCAGCAGCUUCCUCUCAGAAGUGCACACGCUUCCUACGCCAAAGUCGAUACACGAACCUGAACCAAUGGACGACCUGAACCCUUACGAAAGACUCCUGCACGGUCUGCACCACGACGAGCGGUGGCUCAAAGAGGUGACUUUGGGCAAGCGGGUCGGCUUUUACCGAUUCCGAGGCGAACUGGGCAGCGGAAACUUCUCUCAAGUCAAACUGGCCCACCAUCAACUAACGAAAGAAAGGGUAGCUAUCAAAGUUUUGGACAAAAACAAACUGGACCAGAAGACGCGGAAAAUGCUGGACAGGGAGAUCGAAACCCUCGAGUCGAUGAACCACCCAAAUCUAAUCAGAUUGUACGAAGUGGUGGAGACGUACACACGAAUCCACCUAGUGACCGAAUAUGCGUACAGCGGGGAGCUGUAUACGCGCGUUGCGAACGCGGGCAAGCUUUCGGAAAGCGAAGCCAAACCCAUUUUCGCCCAAUUGGUUUCGGCGAUCAGUUACAUGCACGAUCGCAACUUCAUUCACCGUGACCUGAAGGCGGAAAACGUCAUGUUUUCCAGCAACCAAAUCAAAGUCGUUGAUUUUGGAUUCAGCACCAAAGUCAACUCGCCCGACCAGCGUCUGCAGACAUUUUGCGGGUCGCCCCCCUACGCAGCACCAGAACUAUUCCGAGAUGAAUGGUACACAGGAUGUGGAGUGGACAUCUGGGCGUUGGGAGUGAUUUUGUACUUCAUGGUGACUGGCACGAUGCCCUUCAGGGGACACACGGUCGCCGCCCUGAAGAGAACCAUCCUGGAGGGAGAGUUCGUUGACCCGAUCGAGGUCAGCCAAGAUUGCGUGUCUGUGAUUAGAGGGUUGAUGAAACCACUGCCUGCUGACCGCAUUUCUCUCAAAACUCUUUUGGAAGAACACUCUUGGCUCGAAAAAGUUCCUAAGGUUUUACCGUCCGUCCUGGACAAUCCAGACUGCGAAAAGUUGAAGGAGGUGGCUGCUGAAGCGAAAAAACGUCUGCAGCUGUUGGGGGUGUCGGAGGCGCUUUUGGCGGAGGCGGCGGACAAAGGAGCCAAGAGCAGUAUAACCGGCUGCUACCGGAUUGUCCUGCACCGCGUCGAGCGCGACUCGGACGACCAGGCCAGUCUGGACAACGUGGACGCACGCGAGUUUUCCAGCCCAACCCCCAGCAGGUUUUCCAUAGCGUCGCGAAUCUCGUCAAGAAAGUCACGGAGAAAGAGCAAGUUGUCCACGACCUGCGUUAUUUUUUGAUGGAUUUUACCAAACUGUGUGUUGGACUUGAAUUGCAUAUAUUGACUACAAAAAUGAAACCUCAUUCAGCAUUUUCACAAACGACACGUGAAUAUUUUUAAGACUCCGAAGCGCGCGCGCAUAUUUUAGAAUCUGGAGCUUUGUCAAGUCUAGAUAAAAACGGAAAUCCUGAUAGGGUUAGAAAACCUUCUGAAAAUUAAAAUUAAAAAUCCUCGAAUUUCUUACAAAAUGAUUGAUUUUUUUUGGAAAAUACUUUUAGUUAAUCAAAGAUUGGCAGAGUUAUUAACUUCCAAGCGGCAGCAAUCUUUGUUUUUCAGAAAACUCCCCAAUAAAACUCUGUUAACUUUUGACUCGGAAAUAGCAAGGACGAAAUUUUUUCGGAGGGUUUUCGGCCCCCUUUUACAUACUUUGGUCCUCCCACUUGUGGAGUGUCACCGGUUCCUAGUAGAGAAUAUGGAGGGGCAACUUUUAACCGCAAAGAAUUGCUAUUAUUUUACCCAAGAGAGAAUUGUCUUGAAUCAAAAUACUCUAUGAAACUUUGUAGAUUGUGCAUACUGGUUGAUGUCGAUAUCAAAUGACAAUUGUGCCCCCAUUGUUAAGAUUACAAAAUUUGCGCGAGAAUUUAUUAUUCUCAUGUUAAAACACUUGAACUCUUUGACCUUGCCAGAUCUUUUGAAAAGAUCGCAAUUGGACCCAUCCCACGAAGGCGCGAUAUUAAUUGUAAGUGAUAACAGAGACAAUGUGUCCCUACUUGUGCUGCUCUUUGUAAAUAUUGUCAUUGAUGAUCUCGUCACUAUUUUUCAGAUUUGUGGAAAUAAUACUAAGUGUAAAAAAUACAAACAUUGUAAAAUAAAAAAGAAAGAAUAUAUAUGUUUCAAAUUUGAUAU